GUGAAUUUGGAAAUGCCUUCGCUAAGCAUGAAGAAGAAGCAGUUUCCGAAGAAGAUAUCAGGAAGGUGAACAAGUGGAGGGAGGCUUUGACUGAAGAUGCAAGAAUAUCCGGAUGGCAUAAUAAAGAAAAGGAAGGAAGAUACAUAUCAGUUACGCAUUGUUGUUGAGAGAGGAGUAAGUUCCUGAAGCAAUUCCAUGGCUACCAAAACAUCUUCAAGCAGUUCAUCUUCAUCGCGGAAGCGGUAUGAAGCGUUCCUCAGCUUCAGAGGUGAAGACACUCGCAGAAGUUUCACAGACCAUUUGUACAAGGCUUUGAAUGAUGACAAAGGAAUUUAUAGCUUCAGGGAUGAUAAGAAACUUGAAAGGGGAAAAGAUGUAGCACCUGAACUUUUGAAAGCAAUCGAAGAAUCAAGAUUUGCAAUCGUAAUUUUUUCCAAGGACUAUGCCACUUCGACUUGGUGUUUGAUCGAGCUUGCAAAGAUUGUUGAAUGCAAGAAGAACCUGGGUUUGAUUGUCCUUCCAGUUUUCUAUCAUGUGGAUCCAACUGAUGUGAGAAAACAGAAAGGUGAAUUUGGAAAGGCCUUUGCAAAGCAUGAAGCAGAAGCAGUUUCCGAAGAAGAAAUCAAGAAGGUGAAAAAGUGGAGGGAGGCUUUGACUGAAGGUGCUGGUGUAUCCGGAUGGCAUAUCAAAGAAAAGGAAGGAAGGCAUGAAACAGAGGUUAUUGCAGAAAUUGUUAGAGUGGUUUUAAAAAAAUUGAAUACAGUCUCAGUUAGUAAUAAUGACCUUGUUGGAAUGGCUUAUCGCUUAGAGAAAAUGUAUUUGCUAUUGAAAAUUAAGCGAUUGGAGGAAAUUAGCCAAUUGAAAGAUGUUUGCACGGUAGGGAUAUGGGGUAUGGGAGGGAUUGGGAAAACCACUUUAGCUGAAGAAGUUAAAAAGAAAAUUUCUGACGAAUUUGAAGCUUGUGGUUUCAUACGUAACGUAAGAGAGGAAUUUAAAAAACAUGGUAUAGUCCAUUUGCAAAAUUGUCUGUACAAGUUCAUGUUGGACGAUGAAGGUAAAAUACAGAAUGUUGGAAUGGGAAAAAAUGUGUUGAGGAACAGACUAUGCUCUAGAAGGGUGCUUAUCAUUUUAGAUGAUGUUGAUGAAUUGGAACAAAUAGAAGAUUUAGUAGGAAAUGCAGAAGAACAACAUGAAUGGUUAGGUCCGGGAAGUAGAGUCAUUGUGACAACUAGAAAUAAAGACUUGUUGAAGACCUAUGGAGAGAAUAACAUAUAUGAGGUUGAUGAACUAAACGAAGAUGAAGCUCUUCAUCUCUUUUCUCGGAAAGCCUUCAAGAAAUGCGACCCUUUAGAUGGUUUUGUAGAUUUGUCCAAAACUUUUGUCAAAUAUGCUGAUGGUAAUCCAUUUGCCAUUAAAGUUUUGGGUUCAUUCUUAUAUGGGAGGAAGAUGGAUGAAUGGUCAGAGACAUUGAAAAAACUAAUAAAGGGAAAUCCUGAAGAAACAAUUCUUAAAGUUUUUCGUGUACUGCAAGUAAGUUAUGAUGGAUUGGAUGGUGAUAAGAAGAAAAUAUUUCUGGAUGUGGCAUGUUUCUUCAAAGGAUGGAAUGCAUAUCGUGUAAAAAAGAUACUAGAAGGUUGUGGACUUCAUCCUACGAUUGACAUAAAAGUGCUUAUUGAGAAAUCUCUAAUAUACAUGGCAGGGGAUAGAUUAUGGAUGCAUGAUUUAUUACAGCAACUGGGUCAGGAUAUUGUCCGUCAAGAAUCCCCCGAGGAGCCAGGUAAACGCAGCAGGAUAUGGUCUCAUGAAGAUGCGGGCAAUGUACUUGUGACUAAUACGGGAACAGAAGUUGUCCGUGGCAUAUUUCUUAGUUUGCCUGGAACUGAAGUGCUACGCUUGGAAUUUGACUCAAUCUUCAAUAUGAAAAAACUAAAAUUGCUGAAGUUUCGAAAUGUGCAAUAUACUAAACGUGUUGAAUAUCUUUCCAAUGAGUUGCGACUUUUGGAAUGGCAUAGAUAUCCUCUAGCAUCUAUGCCACCAAAUUUUCAUCCAAAUAACCUCGUUGAACUCAACAUGUCUAGCAGCCGAAUCGAACGACUAUGGAAAACUACACAUGAUUUGAAAUGGUUAAUAUCGAUCAAUCUAAGUAAUUGUGAGCACUUGAAACAAGCCCUUGACUUCAGUAAGAUCCCAAAUCUUGAAAUGCUGAUUCUUGAAGGUUGCAAGGGAUUAUCAGUAGUUGACUCAUCAAUCGGACAGCUGAAGCGACUGGUUUUAUUAAAUUUGAAAGGCUGUGAAUCUCUCAAGAAUCUUUCUCAAUACAUCAACUUGAAAUCUCUCAAAACUUUUAUACUUUCAGGAUGCAAAAACCUUGGGAAGUUUCCUGAGGUCGUGGAAGAGAUGAAUCAUUUGCUUGAACUUUAUUUGGAUGGGACUGCUAUAAAGGAGUUGCCAGAAUCGAUCAAGCAUUUAACUGGCCUUAUGUUGUUGGAUCUAACAGACUGCACGAAGCUCUUGAAACUUCCAGAUGUUAUCUGUAAUUUGACAUCUCUGAAAGCUUUAGAAAUAUCAGGCUGCUCACAACUUGACCAACUUCCAGAAAGUAUAGGGAGCAUGGAACAAUUGGAAGAACUAGAUGCAAGCAGAACAGCAAUAAGAAAGGCACCUUCCUCUAUUAUACUUCUAAAGAACCUUAGAAGCUUAUCUUUUGCUGAAUGUAGUGGUUUGGCAUAUAGAUCAUGGAAAUCUUUGUUUGGGUGCUUUUUAUUGCCAACGGAAGAAUCCAGCAGUUUCCAGUUACCAAAUUCAUUAUCUUCUGGUUUAAUCUCUUUGACAUCACUAUGCCUAAGAAAAUGCAAUCUGACAAGAGAAGCAAUCCCUGAAGAUAUGAGUUUACCCUCGCUCAGGAAAUUAGAUUUGAGUGAAAACAAUUUUUUGAGCUUACCUGAAAGCAUCUCUCAACUUUCUAAUCUUAGAGAGCUUCAUUUGGAUAAGUGUAGGAAGCUUAAAUCAUUGCCAAAACUUCCGUUAGGUAUAAAACACGUAUACACACUAGGAUGUCCUAUGUUGAAUAAUUCUAAUGAUAAACUGAUAAUAUGGACUUCUAAUAGGGGAUUCACUUUCAUACAUUGUGAUGAUAGAGAAGAGGCUGCAGAUGUCGGUUGUCCAGCAAACCAGGUUUCUAGCAUGUUUGGAGAACAUUUGGACAUUCUCUACUCCAAAAAUCUCAGGGACAAUAUUUUUAAUGGAGAAAAGCCACUAACAUUGGGGUUUACUUGUACAAGAAUUCCUAAGUGGUGCAGUCAUCAAACUGAUGGGUCUUCCAUAGGAAUCCAACUUCCACUAGAAGAUCGUGACAAGACUUGGGUAGGAUUUGCCCUAUUUGUUGUUUUUGUAAUCCAGGAAGAUGGCAACUUUCAUAAAAAUCAGAGUUUGGAGAAGGCACUAUGUCAUUUUGGCAGUGAUAAAGGUUGCCUUUGGAAUGAGUUUGUUCGCAUGGAUCAUCUCAGAAAUUCAGGUAUUCGGUCAUAUGGAGUUUGCAUCUACAUACCACGAAUGAGUUUCGAAGAACAAUUGAAUGAAGCAACUCAGGUUGCGGCUUCAAUUUCGACAAACAAGCCAUAUAUAAAGGCAAAUAUGUGUGGGAUGCAUAUAGUAUUCAACGAAGAUGUGCUAGAGUUUAGUAGAAACUUAACUCAGAUAAUGAUGGAAAAUUUUUACUUCAAAUCGAAAGGCAAAGGAAAACCGAUCAAGGAAAUCAAAGUGGAACCAUGUUCUUCUGCUGGUGCCAUGGAAAUUCAGCCUAAUCCACAUAAACAAAUCAAAAGAGAAGACUGCAGAAGUACUGAAUCUGAUUCAACUAGGAAAGCAAGAAAAGAUCUCCAUUGGUUGGUUCUAAUGCUUGUUGAGCGAUGCAAUGCAUGUAACCAUGGUUUCGUGUUCCAAUUUCCCCUGAAAACAAUUCCAACCUGGUUCUUCCAUCAAAGUGUGGCUCCUUUUGUAGUUUGUUACCUUCCUAGGAACCUACUUAAUGAGAAGCCAUGUCUAGGCUUUUUUCUAUAUGCUAACCUUACUUGGCGUCCAUCUGUUUCUCAUAGUAAUUAUUUGGAUCCUGCUUUCCUUUAUAUUCGUUUGCAAGCCUAUGGAGAUGGUGAGCCAAUAAUAUAUUCUCUCCCCAUUGAACAUGAACUUGUAAUGUUUAAUGCACCACUAGCGCAUUUCAUACCCCAGUUGAAUCAAUGUCGGCUAGUAAGUGCUUUGUUUAGGACAAGCAUACCAGAUUGGGAGGUCGAAAUGUGUGGGAUUGGACUACUAUAUGAGAAAGAUUUGGGAAAUAUCCUUGAAAUGAUAACCGACCACACGUUAAGUAGUUACCAUUUUUGUUACCAAGAAUGUGGUGGAUCUGUGGAAGAUUCCUCUGGUGCUGUUGAAUGCAGUAAGCACUUGAGAAUGAAAGUAGAACUACCUUUUGAUUUACAUGCUGCUAAAAGGGAGAAAAAAUCCUUGCAAGAGCUUCUGUCAAAUACUCAACUCGUGCAAAAGAUUUCUGUUUCCCUAAAGCAAAAUGUAGGACGGUGUUGUUCUGAGUCUUCAUAUGAGGUGAUUCCGGAAAGCACUUUGAAAGAUUCAAGACCACGUUUCAUUAAUUUACAGAUAAUGGCAGAGAAUGCAUUUUAUGUACAUGAUUUAACAAAGUGGAAAAGAGGACUUGAAGAUCUACUUAAACAACUAUUUGGGUUUGACAUCUUCAUUGCUCUCAUUCUCGAUGGACAUAUCAUAUCUCUUGUGAAGCCUUUUAAUCCUUUCUCAAGCUACAACUUAAUUUUCCCAAGGAAGGAAAUUCUUGACUGGUUUGGAUCUGAUUGUCACAUUAGUAAGCGAAGCGUGAAAAUUGAAUUACCUCCAAAUCUGAAUGGUGAUGAGAAUUGGAAGGGACUUGCUGUAUGUACUGCUGUUUCAGUACAUGAGCAUCCCACUGCCAUUAUUGAUCGCAUGACUUCUGAAAUCUCUUUUGGACUUCAAUGCCAUUUGGACACAGAAGAACAUUGUUAUCAUCCCCCUCAGUUUGGCAUCACUAAAGACAAGCUCACCUGGCUAUAUCUUCGUGGAUUCAUUUGGUUAACCUACAUACCUAGUUCUGUGUUAACAGAUUUGAAAAUUGAGCAAAACUAUUUGGAGAUUAGAACCACUAGUGAGUUCCCGGGCGUGGUUACAAACGAUAUAGGUGCACGUCUUCUAUACCAGCAAGAUGUGGAAGAGUUUGCAGAAGCAAUAGCCAAAUGCACUACCUCAUUCUUUGACAAUUUGGAUCCCGUCCUUAAAGCUAUGGCUUCUGAUGAAGGUGAAAGCUGUAAUUGCUUGUUUCACUUUCACGUAGGUUGUUCUUUACACCAUUUGGAGGAAAUAGCUACACAUUGUGGCUUUGGGGCCAAUGAAGCUGAAAUCCUAUCUGACGCAGUUAAGGCAGAAACGUUUGAAGAAGAUGGCAAUUCUUAUUUGGUCACUCAACAAGAAAAUCUGACAGAACCCAUUUACCAAAGAAAAAGUGGACUGGACUUUGAUCGAGGCAUUCCAUAUAGCUCAUGUUUCCCUCCUACUGAUAUCCUAGACUGGUUCAACCACCACAGUAAUGGCCCUUCGUUGACAAUCCAACUAUCUUCAAACCUGUGUAGUGAUGAUAAUUGGAUAGGAUUGGCUCUGUGCUCAUAUUUUGCAGAUCCUGAGCAUCCAACUACCUUUUUUGGCAAUUUUGAUCUAGAAAUUCUUGGUCACUACCUUGUUUGUUACUUGGAAACUGAAAGAGCUGGUUUGGAUCCUCUGCAUCAACAUGAAAUAACCAAUGAAGAAUUCAAGAAGUUGGAUAGUGGAGAAUUCAUAUGGCUGUCCUAUAUACCACGUCUCUGGUUUUCAGAUCAGUUGAAGGACUGCAAUCUCAUUGAGGCUUCAUUCGCAAGUGAAAGAGGAGGCUGGCGGUCUCAGAGGUGUGGUCUCCGUCUUCUAUACCGGCAUGAUGAGGAAGAGUUCAAGCAGACACUAAACCACUGCAUGGCGUCAUUGAUUGACAAUCAAGAUCCAAUAUCUCAUACUAAAUUUGAUAAUGAAAGAAACAAGAAGCAACGCCAUGAUGGUCAAGCAGGAACUAGCAAAUCAGUCAUCUAUAUUUCUGACCCUGAACAAGAAAAUUUAGAAGGACCUAACAAUCUAAACCAGAAGGAUAGAGGUAAAAGAAUUCUGCAAUAAACUCUCUGCCUCUCAACCAAUGAAUCAACAUAUGGCAGGUAGAUCAGUUGGAGAGCUACAUAUAUGGCCACUGAAUCUGGAGCUCCACACUCACUCGCUCUCUACUCUGUUGUGUGUUGUAUUUUCUGGUGUGCUGUAGACAAAUAAACAAAACUGGUGCUGCUUGAUUUGUCCAGUGUCGGUUGAUUGGUUGAUACAUUUAGCUCCUAACUCUGUUGAUUUUUUUUUUUUUUUUUUCCCAUCAAUAUUAUUACAUGAAAACUUUGACUCUUUGACGGUGUAAUUUCAACCUUAUUUAUGCAGGCAUUUGAUGAUAUAAUUAGA